UAAAGCUUUUGCUUUUUUGGAUUGUGUGAAUGCUUCAUUCGCCUCACAAACAACCACAGAACCACAAGUGCGGUGCAAACUUUCUCCAGGAGGACAGCAAGAAGUCUCUGGUUUUUAAAUGGUUAAACUCCGCAGGUCACUACCAGCCACCGAGACCAACAGAGGCAUUUAAGGCUUCAAGCGUUAUUUACACCAGAAGGUACAAGUUCUACUUGAAAAAAAAAAGAGGGGGGACUAUGGCAUCAAACAGCCUCUUCAGCACAGUGACACCAUGUCAGCAAAACUUCUUUUGGGACUUUAAACUCAGUGGGGAUGGACACCCCAUUUAUGACCUCCCUCAACGGCAAGAACUUUCACCAAGUAAGGAACCCUGAGUUCGACAAAAGCACAGUAUGCUUUGAUUAGUCUACGUAGAUCCAUUUCUUCUUGGGGUGUCAAU